AUGUCGUCGUUCAGCGUUUUCGAUAACAGUCUGUGGCGUGAAGGUACAGCUGCCCUAGAGAACGUUAACUCCAUUACACCAACCCCACCGAUGGAGCCCUCCGUCAUGUCUUUAAAUGAUAUUACGACGACUCCUCAAAUCGAUCCUCAGAAUAUGAACAAGCCUUCGAUUUUGCUCAGAUUAUUUGAUGCUUCGGUUUAUUAUCCCAUCUUCUCCGGCAUUUUCGAGAACCUACAAUUCGAUGAUAUUGCCCGCCUCUCGUUUACUUGCAAGGCCUUUUCCACUUUGCCGCGACAGAUCACGAACAUAGAAUGCGAUAUUGAUAAGAUGCUUUCAAGAUGGUUCAACAAUCCCAAAGGCCUUCGUGCAAUUAUGGCAGAGCAGAAUAUCAUCAUCGGGAGUCACUUCGCCACCGCACUUUUCAGUAGAGAGUACCGUACUUCUACGGUACGUUUCUAUGCUACUGGCGGCGCAUCCUCUACAGCGUUGGAGCAGUAUCUUCGAUCGCAUGGCUAUGAAGAAUUGCCACGGGCGGAGGGUAAAACGGAAUCAAGGCGUAGGAAAUAUGAGAGACCGACACAUCGAGGACAAGUGGUUGAGAUUAGAGUCUGUUCAAACUCACCGCUCGGAGCCUUCCUAGCUGCCGUAAAUACGACCCACCUCUUAAACCUCGUUACAUCUCAUAAGGCAUAUGCUUUGUUUCCGAAAUCCGCCUUCAUGCACAAAAUGUCAUUCAUCACGCGAGACCUGAAUACGGAUAGCGUCCAACAUUCGCUGCUUCGCUACUCACAAUACGACUAUGACUUUCAGCCAAUCAUUUGGAACACCUCUCCUCUGCCUUACACUCAAGAGAUAACAAGUCCCCGUCGUGUCGGCGACAAGUUCACUUGGGUGAUCGAAUUCGACAAUGAGGGUAUCCCUCCUCCAAUUGUCCCACAAUAUGUCAUCGAAUCGACUUGUUUUCGACUCUCCGUAACUCCUGAUCCAAACAUCUUUAUGAACCGUCAACCGAACUACACAAACGCACGCUAUCGUCUCUCAUGCUCUGGUUUCUAUUCAUCCGUUCUAAAACAUCAUUACACCUUCGGCUGUUCGGCGUGGAGGGCUUAUAUUGGGGCGCGGGUGGACGCCCUAACGAAGAUAGAGCUCUACAAACUCCCACUUAAAGACCGUGCCGGCUUAGAUCUGACUAUUAAGAAGGACUUUUACAAGCUUGAAGGGCGUUUUCAAAAACCCGCUCGCUGGAAGUACUUUGACCAUUUGGUCAGGGAGUGGUGGGAUGAUUGGGUGAAGGAUAAUGAUCCUGGCUCGGCAUAG